AUGGCCAUGCCUGGCUUGGUCGGCUAUGGCAGCAGCGAUGGCGAACCGGAUGACGUGCAAGUGCCAAGUCCAAAGCAGGCCAGCAUAGCUGCAGUGCAGACGAUCACGUCGGACACAGCAAGGAGCACGCCGGAGCGAGUGAACACGCCUACGAGAUUGUUAGCGGGCGUCAGGAUACCGAGCAAUCAGGUCGGCUCGGGCUCGUCUUUGCAGAUCAGUUCUGUGCCUCAAGCCACUCGAUCGAGCGCCAAGAAGCAAAGCAACGGUUCACGACCUCCUUCGACGUCUCCACCUGUCCAGCGCGUCGGAUCACCUGAUGGCACUCGAGGCAGUCCCCGAGUGAUACAGGACACGCCAAAGCUUGCUGCGGGCCUGCUGUCUGACGAACGACGGCUUGCUUUGCUGCAACGGAUGGGUGUAGAUCCUUCGAGCUCAGCAGAGCCAGUAUCAGAGACGCUCGAAGCCAAGCUCGCUACGUUUCACGAACUGAAAUCGACUGGCAUUCAUUUCAACGACACGCUCGUACGCAACAAAGCCUUUCGUAAUCCCCAUAUCCUGUCCAAGCUCGUCGACUUUCUCAACAUCGACGAGAAGACGAGCAAUUUUCCCAAAUCUGUCUGGGACGCCCAGCAUGGUCUACCGCCCGAAGCUUCUGCUUCUCGCAUAGCUGAAGCGCAGAAGAGACGAGCGGAGGAGCGAACGGCUGCGCAAGCGCCUGGCAAACGAUCCGCUAUCGCAUUCGAGUCAUCUUCAAGCAGACGGCCAGAGGAGUAUAGUCGCCAGAACGACAAGAGACGAAGGAGUCGCAGCCCACCAAGACGGCGCUGA